GGGCGUCCCCAGGGCCUUCUCAACUGCGGUCGCCCACAGGCAGCAUCCCCCUCACCCGGCUUGUUAGAAAGGUGGAACGUUCGGCACCCCCAGGUGUACUCAGACCCCACGUACAUAUGGGCCCAGGUGAUGUGUGCGCACGCACAAGGUUAUCUGCCAGAAAACCAGACGGACUGGGCGGAGCCGUGGCUCAUGGGGCUGGCCGUCUUCCACGUGCUGUGUCUGCUGCUCACGUGUCUCUCAGCCCAGAGGUAUAAACUACAGGUCGGGCAUUUCCUCUGCUUAGUGAUUCUAGUUUAUUGUGCCGAGUACAUCAACGAAGUAGCAGCGAUGAACUGGAGGUCAUUUUCAAAAUACCAGUAUUUCGAUUCACGGGGGAUGUUCAUUUCUCUAGUGUUUUCAGCACCGCUGCUGCUCAAUGCCAUGAUCAUCGUGAUUAUGUGGGUCCGAAAGACUUUGAAUGUAAUGACUGACCUGAAAACGUUACAGGAGAAGAGAAGAGGAAGGAAGAGAAAAGAAGAGUAACACUGGAACAGUUGUGUUGGUUUUCUUAUGGACGUUGUUUUCCUCUGUUGUUGUGUCAAGAGUUAAAGUGCGCAUCGGAGGCGUCCUUACUCGGCCACUCACGUUUGUGCAGAGGGUUCUUUUAUCGUGACAUCCGUGUUGUAGGACACACUUUAAAACUGGUUUUUAAAAUAAACACUAGUCUCCUGUUC